AAGUAAAUGGAAACUAAUACAAACAACAUGAAACAAGAGAGGAAACCUAAUCGUACAAAUGGGGUUUCUUGACCUUGGAAUAUAGCCCAGAUCUUGACAUUUGCUACAAUAGGAUUCCAAAUUCUCGCUGUUUCUAUCAUUAUAUUACCAGCUUUGAAUAGUGCAUCUCUAAAGGUGACAUUUAGCGUGAUAAAUACAGUUACAAUAUUGACUACAUUGGUCUUUUGUGCGAUUACCUCCCUAAUAAACCCAGGGUAUAUCUCUGAUAAAUCCUCGAUUUAUACCUCUGAAAACAUCGAGAGAGACAUUGAAUCUAGCAAAGAGCUAUUGGAAUGCCAAAUCUGCCAACAUAAAGUGCCAAAAGAAUAUAAGCAUUGUGGAAGUUGAAACAAAUGUGUUCAAGAUUUUGAUCAUCACUGACAAUGGCUUAACACCUGUAUUGGAUCAAAGAAUUACAAAUUCUUCAUAAGUUUUGUCAUUUCCUAUGCCUGAAUGAACUUGUCUGUGUCAAUUACAGCAAUAAUCAUCCUCUUUAACCAAAAUAGUAGGACAGUACUCUACAAACAAUCAGGUGAUUUAAUUCAAACAAUUUUGAUUGUGAUAUGCACCUGAGUCUUAACCAUCACUAUACCGAUUCUAUGCUUUUGUGUCGGACUUCUAACCUUCCAUUGCUACCUCUGGGUCAAAGAUAUCACUACUUAUGAGUUUAUAAUACGGAGAAGAAAAACUAAACUAGAAAAGAUCAACAAGAAAAGUGUCCAACUAGAGCAAGAGAAGAAGAUUAUACAAGAAAAAAUUAAAGAUGCUAUACAAAAUCAGAACUAUAGCAGCCGAGAUGAGUUUAGCUCAAUUGAUAAGGUUGUCCUUCCAGGGGUUGAUAACAACUUUAAUGCCAAUACAGCUUUGGCUAGUAAUGCGAAUACUAUGACAUCAAGUCCAUGAGCUGUUCCCUGAGCAGAUGAUAAGUUGAAUAUGUCUCUUCGGGCAUUCCAAAGACGUGGGACUGUUGCUCCAUAAUCUUAUGU